GGACUCACUGUAUCCUGCUGCGGGGACAGACAAUCCCCACCCGGGUCUGCGCUGCGGCGCGGCCCUCUGGCAUCGGGAAUUCAGCCGGAGGCUGUGGCCAGUCGUUCGGGAGUUGCAGUCGCUGCAGGCGGUGGGGAAGGCGGUCCUGACGGAGGCGCUCUCAGGGCUCCACCAUGGCGGCGGCGGUACGCGCCGCUGGCUGCCUCCCUGCGCUGUGUGGCCUGCGGGCGGGUCACAUAUGGUCCAGACAGCUUUACCAAAACACCUUUCCAACAGCUUCCAUUUUGGCAUUGAAGACUGUUCUCAGCAACGGCCCUCUCGCGUCUCCAGGGACCAGAGACAACCAUCAUUUCAGCAGCUUGACCUGUGUGCCACAGACACUGUGCUGUAGUUCUUCUCCCAGUAAUUUGAUGGGGCAACAGUAUAGAUCCUAUAGUUUCUUCACUAAAUUGACAGCCGAUGAGCUUUGGAAAGGCGCUUUAGCAGAGACUGGAGCAGGAGCAAGAAAAGGAAGAGGCAAAAGAACUAAGAAAAAGAGAAAAAAGGAUUUGAACAGGGGUCAGAUCAUUGGUGAAGGGCGUCAUGGCUUCCUCUGGCCUGGUCUGAAUGUCCCUCUUAUGAGAGAGGGAGCUGUGCAGACCAUUGCCCAAAGAAGCAAGGAAGAGCAGGAGAAGGUAGAGGCUGAUCUGGUCCAGCAGAGGGAAGAGUGGGACCGGAAGAGGAAGACGAAGGUUAAACGGGAGCGAGGAUGGAGCGGAAACACAUGGGGAGGUGUCAGUCUUGGCCCCCCUGACCCUGGUCCCAAUGGAGGUAGCAGAGUCCUGGUGUUGCUUCCCUUUGUGACAGAGAGAACACUUACAGUUCUAGAAUUCCUUAAUAGGAUUUUAUUUACUUGUCUGUUUAGAUUGCCUUUUUCUAAGAAAGGAUUUGAGCAUUAUUGGAAUAACUUCACACUAUUAUUCAGUUGUAGUUUAUGGAACUUUAGAGGCCCAUAACCAAGAAGUAUUUGACACAUAGGAAGCAAAGUACUGGCUUUUGGCAUCCUUACUGUGUGGCUUCUCAGAACCUUGAAUGUGGUAGUAUGCAUUUUGGAUCUAUACAAACCACUUGUAGGAUGCAGUUGCCCGAAAACAGUUUCCCCUGGGGUACCUAUGGAGCAGCAUGGUUUGGGAGUGCAGUUUUGAUAACAGAAGGUAAACCAUAUAGUUGUCGUUCAGCUUUAUAAAAGCAUACAUGAAAUAAAAAUUGAUAAAACUUGGGGCGCCGGGGUGGCUCAG